CACUGUGCUAUGGACGUGUGUCAGGCACAGGGUCGCAGAUUCGCUUGUUGGAAACACAUUGUGUCGAUUUAAGGUCCGCGCGUGCGCUCUGUGAUCUUAAAAUGGGAUGAAAGAUGCUGGGUGAGACGAGGGUAUUGUGUGGAGUAGUCUUUAUGUUACAUUUUAAAAAGAUAACAUGUGUGUCAUCCCAGGAUUAAUGCUUUAUGAACUUUGGUGAUUAUUCGUAUUAUAAAUUCAAUAUAUUUUACUUUUUCAUAUUUACGGGUCUAAAUUAAUUCUUAGCUUCCUAUUUCUCGUGCGUUCACAGUGUCUAAUACGUUUUAUUAUAAAUAAAAAGUGCAUUGAUAAAAUUUUUGUUUAUAAUAAAUAUAUAUAAGUGUAAUGGCGUCUCGCUGCUGAAUAGUCUGACACCAGCUCCACAGCUCUCUGUAUUCAUUGACACAACACAGCACAGGGGUGUGAUCGAAAUGACGCGAGUGCUGGGGAAUAAAACUCAAAACUGGUGAAAAGAGAAUAAAAAAACGUCCCCAAAAAUAUAAAUUAUACAAUAUUUAUGAGUGAGAAUUGUCUAAGCGAUCUAUAUGAGUGAAUUUAGUUAGUUUUAUAGUUCCGUUCAGCGAAAUUCAUAACAAAAUGGAUGACAAGAUUUUUAUCGUAAAUGCAAAAGCGAUUAAAAGUUUUGAAGCUGCUUAAAGCGGCAGGAGGUUCGGUGGCCCGCGAAGAGGACGGCAGGAUGCACCCGCUCGCCAGGUGACCCUGUCGGCUUCACCCGCGGAUCAUGUCAUGGGACUCCAUAGAGUCGCGUGACUUCCUCGGCGGGGUGCCGGCGCACCAAUUGUCGGCGACGCGACUGCUCAGCUCACCUGAUCCAUCCCGACACCAUAUCGAAGAUCCACCAGAACUUUAUCCAUUCUCUGAAGAAUAUGCCAAUGAGAAUCGCAAUGGCGCCAUCCGCUGGGGCUCUCGCUUUGGACCAGCUCACAGGCCCUCCGGAGUCUUGGAGUGCUUCAGGGUCUGCCGCUCCAGACUGGACCAGUACUUUGCCAGGAGAAAGAUUGAACGCGGUCUUCGUCUUUAUAUGCAAAACGAGCAACGCCAGGCGGUCAAAGUGUGGCUGUCAGCGUUACGAGGAGUUAGACACAGAACGGACAAGUUCGCGCUGUUGGGACACUUGUAUAAAGCCUACAUGGACUUUGGGAAGUACAGGGAAUCACUGGAAUUCGCAAACCGUCAGCUCGGCAUAUCUGAAGAACUAGACUCGGCGCCGAUGAGAGCGGAGGCGUACCUCAACCUGGCGAUGGCCCAUCAGAACCUGGGUGGGCUUGACAGGGCGUUGUCUUACGCCCGUCACGCGUUGUACAACGACUGCGGUGGUGGGUCUACGGCUGGCUUCGUCCAUCUGACGGUAGCUGUGGUCAGUAUGGAAUUGGGAGCUGUCUCCAAGGCGAUGGACGGAUUCAUGAAAGCGCUUGGAGUUGCCCAAGCUCAGGAUAACGACGUUCUUACUCUGCAGGUGUACGUAGGUCUAUCCGAGUUGUGGCGUAGACUCCGCGACCUGGAGCGGUCUUUCGGCUGUGCGUCCCGCGCCUGUGACGUGGGCCGGGGUCACAACUCCUUGAACCUGAACACUCGCCACCACAGGAACGCCCUGCUUCAGAUGGCAGCAGCGCUGAGAGCUAAGGGGGAACUGGGAGACGCCCAUGAUUAUGUCAAUGAAGCCCUACGUUUGGCGUCUGUCGCUGGUGACCAGGGCUGCUACGCCCGCGCCAUGAGGCUAGCUGGUGACGUGUAUAGACGAAAAAGUGACCUGGGGAAGGCUCUGAGACAUUACGAAGUGGCGAUGGGGGCAGGUCAGUCUCUGGGAGAUAGGUUGGCGCAGAUGGAGGCGAUGGACGGGGCCGCCAGAUGCCUGGACGAGCUCAGGUUACAAGGACGUAUUUGUAACUGCAGACCUCUGGAAUUUAACACGAGGUUAUUGGAGGUCGCCACCUCCGUUGGAUCCAAGAUGUUAGUGCGUCGCGUCCGUCUCCGACUGGCGGACAUCUACACAGCUCUAGGUGACAACAACGCGGCCGCCCGUCAGAAGCGAGCUGCUAGCGCGUGGGCGGCACCCACCUGCGGGCGCUGCAGGGAGCCGCUGGCAGAGCGACCUGAACCUCUGGUGUCACUACCGUGCACACACUUCGUUCAUCUUGCCUGUAUGCCGGAGUCCUGGUCCCGUCGCUCCAACCGUGGUUCUGGUGAAUGUGCUGAAUGCGCCUCACCUCGUGCUAGGGCUCCACCGCCCGCCCCGCCAGCCCCGAGGAGCCUGCCCUCACAGGUGGACUUUCCAUUCGGGACGCCUCCCACGCUGCGCGACUCCGACAUAAACUCCGUGCUGAGCGACCACAGCAGUCAACAAGCUACGUCCAGUGUUUAAUUUAAAUAUUUUAAUCAAAUCAUUUAAUGUCUUCUGUAUUUUCACGAUAUUUUCAAGAUUUUAAUUGUAUUAUUUAUUCUUCACACGACUUGUGUCCGUUCGAACACAUUUUUGCAUAUAAAUAUUCACGUUUUUAUAACUUAAUUAAUGUUAUGUAAGAGUAACAAGCAACUUCAUUUAUUUGUAAUGUUAUGUAGAAUUGUAACUUCCUGAUGUAUUUUGUGUGUUUCAUUACAUUAUUUAAUUUUUUAUUCACAUAUUUUCUAAAUAAAUUAAAUAUUUCUAAGUAAUAUAAUAUCUACAAACAAAAAUGCCUUUACAUGUAAUAGUAAAAUUAAAACUAAGCACUACGUUGACAGUAUACAGCCAACAUUAUAUUUAAUUGUACGGAAUCUGAAAACGAAGUUUGACAACAAUGGCGGUAAAAAUAAAAAAUCAGUUGAAUGGAAAAGAAUUUAGCAAAAGCAUUAAAGUUAACAGGACACUGUAAACACUAUGAAACUGUUUUUAUCUGUAGACUGCGUGCAUGCAUUGUAAACGUGCAUUUUCAAAAGUUAUCAUAAAAGUAUUUUUUUAUUCUCGGCUAUUUUUAUUAUUUACUUCAAUAUAUUAUUGUCAUUAUUUUAUAUAUUUUAAAUUAAUUUUAGUUUUCUAUUUUUGUUAGAAAUAAAAAAAGAUAUUAAAAAGCAAUGAAAGAAGGAAAAGUCCAUAUCUGAUCGUUUCACGUCUGUGUAGGAUAAUAUAUUUUACGCUUUCUUAAAAAAUAAGAUUUUAUGUGGUGUCAAAUACAAGUAAGAUUAAUUAUUAAUAAAUAUUUUAUCAUAAGAAACAUACGCUUGUAUCGUGAUAGAAGGAUUUGUUGCAUCUACAUACUCUAUUAUAAAAUGAAAAGCCCACAAACUGCCAAACACUUGUGGUCAUUUAAGAAAUUAAAAAAAAAAAGAUAUGUGCACUAGUUUUGAAAUCACGCAUGAAAAAAAAAUAUAUAAAAAUAUUAAAAAAAUAAUUCUUCACCUUAAAGAGUUAUAUUAUAUUAAUAUUAAUAUAAAUAAUUAAUGAAAUAAAAAUAAUUCAGAUAUUAUAAAUGUUAUAGUAUUCAUAGAUUAUAUAAGGGACCGGCGUCUGUAUUGUCAAAAGGUUACUUUGCGAUGUGAUAUCAUAGUAUAUGUUAAUGCUUUGAUAAAGAAAGGAUAAUGCAGAUUAUUGUCCUUGAUACUGUAGAUAGAUAAAUAAUAUAUAAAUUUUAUUUAUUCUUGUAUAAAAUAUAUUAAAUUCUUCCAUAUACUCCUAUAUAUUUUACCAUAUCAUAACUUCAGUUUUGACAAUUCCACAAAAACGCUAUUGUCAUUAGUCAAAUCACUUCUAUAUAGGUAAAAUAAUCAUUUGUGUGCUAAAUUUAUGUUUUAAAUUAAAUAAAUCUAUAUUAUUACACGGGUAGACGUAGAAUGCACUGUUUAGAUGAUUCUUUUGUUAUAUCUCAUCCGAAUGUUCCUAAAAGAUUAUUUAUCGUGUUGAAAUCACAAGUAAAUCUAAAUUUUAAAGUGUUGGACGUAUCCAAAUAAUCAAAAAGUUAUUGUGCGAGCGUGGCCGCGUGUACAGCUAGUUUAAUAAAGUUUAUUUUUUAACCUUUUACUAUGUUCGGUGUAACGUAUUUCUUUCUAAAUAUCGUUAACAUGUAGUUGUGAUUAUGGCGUUGUGUUUAUUAUUUUAGAUAUAUAAGAUUAUUGGAAUAUUGUUCGUUAUAUUUUAAAGAUUUAAAUUGAAAAAAUAUAUAAUUAGA